UAACAAAGCCCAUUAUUUCAAUAAAUAACAACAAUGUUUCCGUAACAGCAAUAAUUAGGGAAGGAAGGUCGGCUGAGUUUAAAUGCUCCGCUAGUUCAUAUCCAUCUCCACGGUACCGCUGGUUCUACCCAGAUGGUACAGCGGAAGUUGCAACAGUGAUACUACAAUUUAAACAUACUGCAAAUGGUGGGAAAAUGUCAUGCAACGCAACAAACAACUAUUAUUCCCUAGAUGGAACAGCAGGAACAAAGUCAACGACAUUUCAAACGGUUAUUGAUUUGAAUAUAACAUAUCCUCCGUUAUUUGUUCGCAUCAAAAAUAUUGAAAACAAUACAAGUAUUGCUGACAACAUUAUCCGACUGGUAAAAGGAGAUUCAUUGCGUUUAAUCUGUGAAAGUGUCGCAAAUCCUCCGGCUACAACCCUGUGGCAAGGACAUCAUGGGCAUUCUAACAUUAUGACGGCCUUCAAUAUUCAGGAAGAUACGCAAUUUACAUGUGAAGCAUUCAAUAUCAUAGAUGGUAUGCCUGAACGAACAAACCGAACCAUACAUUUCGAAGUAUUAUAUGGUCCUGUCCAUUUAAAACUAACGUACAACAUCUUGCCAGGCCUAUCAAAAACUGGAACACUAUUAAAAGAUGGAAAUAUAACUGUAAUAGAAGGCAGUUCAGUGAUGUUGAACUGCUCUGAUUCAAGUUUGCCACCUUCAACAUAUUUAUGGGAUGAUCGAGUCGAAGGAAGCAUUCUGAAUAUAUACAAAAUUUCACGACUAACUCAAACAAGCUACAUGUGUAUGGCAAAGAAUAUAAUGGCUACCACGUUUAAUGGAAAUGUCACUGGCAGAAAUACUAUAUCACUGCAGCUGCAUGUAUUAUAUGGUCCGCGCGAUAUGUCAGUCGUAUAUAAUAAUACGUUUGCGAUCAACCGAGUACUGCGGGUUCUUGAAGGCUGGUCAUUCGGACUCUCGUGCUUUGCAAAUAGCCAACCAGCAUCAAAUAUUUCCUGGAAAGGCUUUUCAACCCAAGGAAGCGAUAAUAAUAUGUUUAUUAACAACGUUAACACUGGCAUUAAUAAGAUUGUUACGUGUACAAGGACGAACAUCAUGGUCGACAGUCUAGGCUACAUUAUUUCCAAAUCAGGAAAACUAACAAUUGAACUGGAUGUUUUAUACCCGCCUGCCCUUCAGCCUAUUGAAAAACAAUAUGUUGUAAUUAACAUGUCGCUUAAUGUUGUAUGUAAACUGGCAACUUUCGGUAAUCCACCAGACACAAACUUCACUUGGAACAAACUCGACAGUAAUCGCACAUUAGUAAAAACAGGCGAGACCUUUAAGAUCGAUCGUGCUCAGUUAUCAGAUGAGGGUGAUUACCAGUGCCAGGCAUCAAAUACCAUGCAGGCUAUUGGAAACAAAACUUUACAUGGAUCUAGUAAAUCCCAAUUCUACCUCGAUAUUCAGUAUGCGGCAACAAUUAAACACUUUUAUGCAAACACGUCAAAAGGCAGAACCAUUAUUAUCCAUCAGAAUCAAUCACUCGAACUCAUUUGUGAAGUCGAUGGUGAUCCAUACCCUAGUUCCCAUAUACUAAAUGCAACAGGUGAACAACAAUUAGAGCUCAACGGAUCAAUAGCGCCAUCUAAGUAUGUUACAGCUUACCUUCAUCGAGCAAGAUGCGAAUAUGAUGCUGGAAUGUAUAAAUGUGCGACAAACAACGUGCAUGUAUCAACCCUGCAGGAGGAGAAUCUCUUUAUUUUGAUUCAAUGUUCUCCGACAGCAUCUCCAUUUGCUCCCCCUCUUACAACUCUUCACAUGGCUCCUAACGACACAGCUGUGCUUACGUUUACCAUUAAGGCCUACCCAGAGCCAAGUAUAACAGAUGUUACGUGGUCAAAGGGUGUAUCUGGUGGAUGGGAUAUCCUAUCUAAUGACAAUCACUACACGAUCAGCGUAUCGGUAGAUGGUUUGCAGACAGAGUUAAUUAUUAACAGUAUUCAGAAAAACGACUUUGGAAUAUAUCGAGUGAACGUGUCGAAUAAAAUCGGUUCAACAUCUGAAGUAUUUACACUGCAAAGCAAAGCUGCACCUGAAAAUCCCCAAGGAGUGAAUGUGGUACGUAGCGGUAUUACUGAAAUAGAACUCGAAUGGAUACCUGGUUUUAAUGGCGGAGAACAACAAACGUUUAUCAUAAACUACACAGACACCAAUCUUGAAAUUUGGAAUGCAAUACGUGUACCCGACAAUAGUACAACGCACACACUACGCGGAUUGAAACCAGAUACCACCUACAAAGUGAAAAUGCGAGCUGAAAAUAUAAUUGGAAACUCUACUUGGACUGAUUAUAUUGAAAUUUCGACCUUAGCCGAAAUUGACGACAAAGGAUAUGUUUCAAAGGCUAUUGGUGGUUCUAUAGGUGGUAUGACAGUAAUUUGUAUCAUCUUUACCGUCAUGAAUAUACUUUGGAGACGUAAGAUAAAAGAACAAAGCACCAAAUCUACAUGUGAAUACGAAGACCUUGGUCAAGAUACAAGAAAAAAAGGAAGUCAAACCAUCGGCAGUUAUGAAUCGUACAGUUUCGAUCAGCGUCAGGUAAAUACUUAUAAGAGGAUUACUGAACUAGAGAUGAAAGAAUAUGCGAAUCUACCUUGUCACCUUAAUGCGUCAUCAGAAUCACAAAGUACGUUCGACAAAGGAAUGGAAUAUGAAAACUUGAAACUCUCUGGUUUAUAAAGGGAACUUUACACAAACACCGUGAAACACAACUAUUUACACAUGAUUACUUAUUAUUAAUAGCAUAAUGCACAAUAUAAUUCGGUUUUCAUUAUAUAACGUGGUGAUGAUUAUUCAUUUAGUUCGCUAGUUAUAAUGGUUUUGUUAUUAAAGUAAAUACAUCCUAUAAAUAAAUGUAAAUAUAUAAGAAGCGAUAUGUUUUAUAUUGCAAUACAAACAAUGAGUAUUAGUAAAGGCAUCUCGUAAAUGAUCUGAACCUGAAUUUAAUAGUAUCGAGUGCUUUAAAACAUGUUUUUUUUUACUAUUGUAUGUAUUUAUGUCCAAUGGUUCAUUCAAUAUACUCAUUACCAUUAAAAUAAAACUAACAUGACAA